CCUGAAUUCCCAAAUUUUGGAGCAGGAGCUGGUGGUGACGACGCUGAAAGGCCUUGGCUACACCACCCUGAUGUGUGGCGACGGCACCAACGACGUGGGAGCUCUGAAACACGCGGAUGUGGGUGUGGCUCUGUUGGCCAAUGCUCCCGAGAGGAUUCCCGAACGGAAAAAGAGACCUAAAGAUGGUCCUGGAGAUGGGAAAACUGCUGUGGGAGUUGGGAAUGUCAAGCCAACAUCCCGUGGAGCCAAGCACAGGGUGAUAUCCCAGAGGGAAGAGCAGUUGGCCAUCCACAGGGAACGACUGAGCCAAGUGCUGAAGGACUUGGAAGAGGAACGAGCUCCGGUGGUGAAAUUGGGCGACGCCAGCAUCGCCGCUCCCUUCACCUCCAAACUCUCCUCCAUCCAGUGCAUUUGCCACGUGAUCAAGCAGGGAAGAUGCACCUUGGUCACCACUUUGCAAAUGUUCAAGAUUUUGGCACUCAACGCUCUCAUCUUGGCCUAUAGUCAAAGUGUUCUCUACUUGGAAGGAGUUAAGUUCAGCGACUUCCAGGCCACUCUCCAGGGACUUCUCCUGGCUGGAUGUUUCCUCUUCAUCUCCAGAUCCAAGCCCCUGAAAACAUUAUCCAAGGAACGACCUCUUCCCAACAUUUUCAACCUCUACACGGUGUUGACAGUUCUGCUGCAAUUCCUGGUGCAUUUCCUGAGCUUGGUAUUCCUGUAUCGCGGAGCGCAGGAACGCAGCGGAGCCAGGCAGGAAGAAUUUGUGGAUCUGAGUAAGGAAUUUGAGCCCAGCCUGGUGAACAGCACAGUUUACAUCCUCUCCAUGGCCAUGCAGAUGGCAACGUUCGCCAUCAACUACAAG